GCCCUGAGCUCUAGCCAGGCAGGGCCCAAGCAGCGAGACGCACAUCGCGCGGCGCGACCCUCCCUUCACCCGUCGCCCCCGCCGUAGUAGGGUCCCACGGCCACCCUAGGGCGCGCCGAGUGGACAGCGCCACCACCUGCCUCUGCCAGCCUCUGCUCCUGCCGGGGACCCUAACUUCGGUCCCCUGGUAGCCCCUGGGAGAAAGUUCCCGGAGCUACUUCCGGGGAAAGAGGCGCCACCUGUCUGGGGCACACCCUUUUGCCGAGUUUCUCCAGGUCAGUGUCUCUGGCCGCUUGGCAAGGGCCAGGGCGCCGCCACCGCCAGCUGAGAUCCUGAAACCGGAGACCGCAUCUUUUAAAACCGAGCAGUGGACCGUCCUGAAAUGGAAGGCGCCCGCCCAGGGCUGAAGGUGAUCAAGCAUGCCUGGUAGUCGGAGACCGGAAAUAAAAUCAGGGCCUGGAACGCCGAGUCUACGGAGAAUUUCACAGUAAUGAAUGAGUGCACUUAUGGAGGGAUGGAAGAAAACAAGGACAGACCCAAGAGGCCGAGGCAGAACAACUUCUCAAUGUUUCCCUCUCCCAAAGCCUGGAAUUUCAGAGGGCGGAAACGGAAGCAGAGUACCCAGGAUGAAGACGCCAUCAGCCUGUGCAGUCUUGACAUAAGUGAACCUAGUAACAAAAGGGUCAAACCCCUUUCGAGAGUCACGUCGCUAGCAAACCUCAUCCCACCCGUGAAGACCACGCCGUUAAAGCGCUUCAGCCAAACCUUGCAGCGGUCCAUUAGCUUCCGCAGUGAGAGCCGCCCCGACAUCCUCGCCCCCCGAGCCUGGUCCAGAAAUGCCACCUCCUCAAGCACAAAGCGGAGGGACAGCAAACUGUGGAGCGAGACCUUCGAUGUGUGUGUCAGUCAGGUGCUUACGGCCAAGGAGAUCAAGCGGCAGGAGGCGAUCUUUGAGCUUUCUCAAGGGGAAGAAGACCUGAUCGAGGACUUGAAAUUAGCAAAAAAGGCCUAUCAUGACCCCAUGCUGAAACUCUCAAUAAUGACAGAACAAGAACUGAAUCAAAUUUUUGGAACACUGGACUCUCUAAUUCCUCUACAUGAAGAUCUCCUUAGGCAGCUUCGAGACGUUCGGAAGCCUGAUGGUUCAACUGAGCACGUCGGUCCCAUCCUCGUGGGCUGGCUGCCAUGCCUCAGCUCCUACGACAGCUACUGCAGCAAUCAAGUCGCCGCCAAAGCCCUCCUGGACCACAAGAAGCAAGACCACAGAGUCCAGGAUUUCCUCCAGCGCUGCUUAGAAUCCCCCUUCAGCCGCAAACUAGAUCUCUGGAAUUUCCUUGAUAUCCCCAGGAGCCGCCUGGUGAAAUACCCUCUGCUCCUCCGAGAAAUCCUGAGACACACGCCGAAUGACAAUCCAGACCAACAGCACUUGGAGGAAGCUAUAAACAUCAUUCAGGGCAUUGUGGCAGAAAUCAACACCAAGACUGGGGAGUCGGAAUGCCGUUAUUACAAAGAGCGGCUUCUUUACUUGGAAGAAGGCCAAAAAGAUUCCCUGAUUGACAGCUCAAGGGUCCUGUGUUGUCACGGCGAACUGAAAAAUAACCGGGGUGUGAAACUACAUGUUUUCCUGUUCCAAGAAGUGCUUGUGAUCACUCGCGCCAUCACUCACAAUGAGCAACUCUGCUACCAGCUGUACCGGCAGCCCAUCCCCGUGAAGGACCUCAUGCUGGAAGACCUGCAGGAUGGAGAAGUGCGGCUGGGCGGUUCUCUGCGUGGGGCCUUCAGCAACAAUGAGAGAAUUAAAAACUUCUUCAGAGUCAGCUUCAGAAACGGAUCCCAGAGUCAGACCCACUCACUACAAGCCAAUGACACCUUCAACAAGCAGCAGUGGCUCAACUGCAUCAGGCAAGCCAAAGAGAAAGUUCUGUGCGCUGCUGGGCAGGCAGGGCUGCUUGACUCUGAGGGGCUGCUCCCGGAGCCCGGCACUGAGACCAGGGAGCCACGAGGAGAAACCAAACUUGAGCAGAUGGACCAAUCGGACAGUGAGUCGGACUGCAGUAUGGACACCAGUGAGGUCAGCCUUGAAUGUGAACGGAUGGAGCAGACAGAGGCCUCCUGUGCGAACAGCAGGCCGGAGGAGACUGUCUGACAGAGGGUUGUGCCUGCGCCUUAACCUGCUCAGUAUUGGCAUUCCACACACGAACAGUUUGGAGAGGCACGCUGUGACGCUUCUGUGCCCACGCACACGAGUCCCUUUGUCUGCAUCCUGUCCCUGGUACCGUAACUGCCGGCCCCUCUGCCAGCUGGGGCCUGCGGCAGCCCCUCCCCCAUCGCUCUCUCUCACAAGCGUCUGGGUGAGUGGAGAGUCACCCUUCUGGGUCUUUCAGAGAAUGAAGGACCUCUAAACUACUGCUGUUGUAUGGACUGUGUGACAAGUCCUUUGUCCCAUGCUUCUCUGGUGUCCCUGUAGCUCCUCGAGACAGUAGCUGAAGACCUGGAACUGAGAAAAGCGUUGCAGAUGGAGCCCAAGCGAAAACCAGGAAAGUCCAACCCUUGACGUGAACUCGGGCCCUGUGUUGUUCAACCAGAAAACAUCUCUGGGGGUUUCUGAGGUUUCACUUUGCAAAGGAGGAAGCCUCGUUCGAACCCUGUGGUCUCAUCCAGUGCAAGCUGAGCGUGAUAAUCAGACAUGACACAGAAUCGGGCUUCAGCAAGGCCAAGGCAAAAGCAGCCGCUGGAAGGGCCUGGUGGCGCAGGCCUACAACCCCAGCCCUUGAGACAGCAUACAGCGGGGAGGUCUGGAGUUCAAGAACAGCCUUGGCUGUGCACCAAGUUCUACGUCAAACUGAGUUCUGCUGGGAAAACAAAACCAAAAAGCUAAAAGUACCGGCCAGCUCUGAACAUCCAACUGAAGUGGGGUGGGUGGGUGUGGGAGGUGUUUGUCACAGCUAGUGGCUUGUCAAAGAGAGCCGUUUCCAGCCUGCAACGCCAGGAGAGAUUCCCAGGACUAGGAACCAUCUGCCAGGAUUCUGAGACACUGUCUGCCCCACGUUCCUUCCGCCUCAGCCACUCAAAAUGAUGCGACACAGACGGUGACUGCGUUGGUGACUCUGCUUACAAACAUGAGAGAAGGCCUUGGGAGUCAGAAAUAACGUCACCACCACCGAAGCCUCCUGUGAGAGCCACUGAAGUUGUCGUUAGUCUAGAGGAUCUUGGGAUUUCCGGCUCUGCUUUUGGGCCCUGAGUUUGAGUCUCUGGUUCUUAAGCUAUAAUCAGAAUGAUGGUUAAUUCCUCCAGAGCUCUAUUUCAUUAGCUCUGGUUCACUAGGAUCAGCUAGCUAGCCAAACAGGAAAGUUCUAUGUUCCAGCCUUGGUUUACAAAGCAAGGACGGGUAAAAAAAAAAAGACCUUGGAGGGGGGGAAAAGUUCACAAAAUACAUGGGACCGCUCCCUGCAAGUGUAAAUACUUAGGGGACAUGUACAAAAUUAUACCCACACCAGCACUAGAAGUAGUGAUUCUAAAUUAUUGCCAAAAACCUUUCUUUUUGUUAGUUUCUGCACCUAUCAAGUUUACAGAAAAGAAAGCAGCAAAAUACAAAAUGAUCCCUUUAUCAUGUACACGUGCCUUGUGCACUGAAAGAAGCUACGUGUCGAGAGUUACCAAGAGAAAAACAAGGUAUUAUUGCAUUAUUUUUUUCAAAACAAAUGUUAUGAUCGGUUGUACCCUGUAAAGCAUAUUUCUGUAUUUAUAGAUUUUUAACCGUGGUGAAUUUUUUUUAUUGCAAGUUUAUUUAAAACCAUUUUGUUUCUCAAAUUGCUGAUUUAGUGAAUGAGUCUGCUGCACACAAACGGAGAGAAAGCCGAGACAGGACACUGGAUGGUGGUGAAAACCCGAGCUGUUCUCUGUAGAGCUGCUGCUGGCCACUCUGGCCAGUGACUUACGAAAAGGUCUCUGUCAGGGUCAGCCUAUGGGGAGAGAGUGGGCGAAUGCUUUGGUGAAAUGAAUACUUCUUGUAUAACGGCCUUAAAAUUCUCUGGAAGCAUUUCAAAUAAAUUGCAUUAAAAACA